AAGUAGCUGCCCCCUCCCCUCUCUCCCAGCGCCUUCUCUGCCCUUUCCUCUCUCUCUCUCUCUCUCUCUCUCUCUAUUCGCAGCUCGAUUAUGAGCUAUAUGGCAACGAAGAUUUCAAAUUAGCGAUUAAAGAAGUCAUUGCCGGCUCCCACCUCUUCUCCUGGCUUUUGGAUUCUUCUUUUGGUUCAUAGCGCUUCGAAUUGGCCAUUGCCGGCCGUGCAUUGACGGUUGGUCCGGGAUUUUUGUAUUUGUUUUCCUAUACUUCUUUGAGUGGUCAAGGAAUGGAUAGCGUGCAGAGGAAAGGGAGCUUCGUCUCGAUGUCCCCCUCUCAUACCCCGAGAUCCAGUGAUAAGUACCGUUCCAGCGACAGCAAUGGGAAUUCCAACAGCAAGCAUGAUAGAGAUAAGGGGGUUAAUAUUCAAGUCCUUGUUCGAUGUCGGCCAUUAAGUGAAGAUGAGAUGAGAGUGAGCACCCCAGCGGUCAUAACCUGCAAUGAGAUUAGGAGAGAAGUUUCUGCCACUCAGAAUAUUGCCAACAAACAAAUUGAUAGAACCUUUGUUUUCGACAAGGUCUUUGGCCCAGAUUCGCGACAAAAGGAUUUGUUUGAUCAUGCUGUUGUUCCCAUUGUGAACGAGGUUGUUGAGGGUUACAAUUGCACAAUAUUUGCCUAUGGUCAGACAGGCACCGGAAAAACUUACACAAUGGAAGGAGGAGGGAGGAAGGGAAAGAAUGGAGAGUUGACGAGCGAUGCUGGCGUUAUUCCAAGGGCUGUGAGACAAAUCUUUGACGUACUUGAGGCGCAGAGUGCUGAAUACAGCAUGAAAGUCACAUUCCUUGAACUAUACAAUGAGGAGAUAACAGAUCUUUUAACUCCUGAAGAGUCUAAAUUCUCAGAUGACAAGUCCAAGAAACCUAUAGCUCUCAUGGAAGAUGGGAAGGGCGGAGUUUUUGUGAGAGGGCUGGAAGAGGAGAUGGUUUCUUCUGCAGGUGAAAUAUAUAAGAUACUGGAUAAAGGGUCAGCAAGAAGGCGCACUGCUGAAACUCUACUUAACAAGCAAAGUAGUCGAUCUCACUCCGUAUUUUCUAUAACAAUUCAUAUUAAGGAGUGCACUCCUGAGGGUGAAGAGAUGAUCAAAUGUGGAAAGCUUAACCUUGUAGAUCUUGCUGGUUCUGAGAACAUUUCACGCUCAGGUGCUAGAGAGGGAAGAGCAAGGGAAGCUGGAGAGAUUAAUAAAAGCUUGCUUACACUUGGCCGUGUCAUUAAUACUCUAGUUGAACACUCUGGCCACAUUCCAUACAGGGAUAGCAAAUUGACAAGAUUAUUGAGGGAUUCUUUGGGAGGGAAAACAAAAACUUGCAUUAUAGCCACAAUAUCACCUUCCAUACACUGUCUGGAAGAGACACUGAACACCUUAGACUAUGCAUACCGUGCUAAGAACAUCAAGAAUAAGCCAGAGGUUAAUCAGAAGAUCAUGAAAUCUGCACUUAUCAAGGAUCUAUACUCGGAAAUCGACCGCCUUAAGCAAGAGGUAUAUGCUGCAAGAGAGAAGAAUGGAGUAUACAUUCCACGGGACCGCUAUUUGCUUGAAGAAACUGAGAAAAAGGCCAUGACAGAGAAAUUGGAGCGCAUGGAACUUGAUUUGGAAUCCAAGGAUAAGCAACUGGUUGAGCUUCAUGACCUUCACAAUUCUCAGAAAGUAUUGAGUAUAGAAUUACGUGACAAGCUUGAGAAGACUGAAAGAAAGCUGGAGGACACCGAACAUGCAUUGUCUGAUAUAGAACAAAGAUAUAGACAAGCAAUCUUCACUAUUAAAGAAAAGGAAUACUUGAUAUCUAAUCUCCUAAAAUCAGAGAAAGCCCUUGUUGAUCGUGCUUGUGAUCUUCGAUUAGAGCUAGAGAAUGCAGCAGCAGAUGUAUCUGGCUUGUUUUCAAAAAUUGAACGCAAAGACAAGAUAGAAGAUGCAAACAAAAAUCUUGUCCAUCAAUUCCAUGCUCACUUGACUCAACAGCUGGAUCUUUUGCAGAGGACUGUCUCAGAUUCUGUCAUGCAACAGGAGAAUCAGCUGAAAGAGAUGGAAGAAGGCAUGCAAUUAUUUGUCUCUAAAAAGGCCGAGGCUACUAGAGAGCUCCAAGGGUGUGUAGGAAAACUGAGAGAGAUGUAUGGUUUUGGGAUCAGAUCAUUGGAUGAUUUAGCAGGUGAACUAGAUGAAAAUUCUCAAUCAACUUUUGGAAAACUGAAUUCACAAGUCAUUGCACACUCUUCUGCUCUUGAGGACUGUUUCCAAGGUAUUGCAUUGGAGGCUGACAAGUUACUCAAUGAACUUCAAAGUAGCCUAUUUAAACAAGAGGAAAAGCUAAGUGUAUUUGCAGAGCAGCAGCGAGAGCAGGGAUUAGUCAGAGCCGUAGAGACAACAAGGUCUAUUUCAAAUAUCACCACAAAUUUCUUCCUAACUCUAGAUGUUCAUGCAUCCAAACUAAACAAGAUUCUGGAAGAAUCACAAGCUGUCCAUGAUCAGAAACUUUUUGAGCUUGAAAAGAAAUUUGAGGAAUGUGCUGCUACUGAAGAAAAGCAGCUGCUAGAAAAGGUGGCAGAAAUGCUAGCAAGUUCAAAUACCAGAAAGAAAAAGCUGGUUCAAGAAGCAAUUGGUGGUCUCUGUCAGAGUAAUUGCGAUAGAACCAAUAAUCUACGGAAGGAAAUGGCCAUGGCUCAUGAUUUUGCUUCAUCUGUUAAGGAACAAUGGAUGGUUUACAUGGAAGAUACUGAAAACCACUAUCUUGAGGAUGCUGCUUCUGUUGAAAGUGGACGAUCUGUCUUGGAAGAAGGGUUGCAUCAUUGCAUGUCAAAGGCAAGAAUUAGCUCACAACAAUGGAGAGAUGCUAAACAUUCCCUGCAAAGCAUAGGAAAAACCAACGUAGCAUCAAUAGAUUCCCUUGUCAGGAGCGUUAUGGAAGCCAAUCAGCUACUACGUGCCAAGUUGUCUUCUACUGCCUCUACUGCUCUCCAAGAUGUUGAUGUCGCAAACAAGGGUCUCCUUUCCUCCAUUGAUGGUUUACUGAAACUUGACCAUGAUGCACAUGAGAGCAUUGAUUCCUUAAUCAUUCCAUGUCUUGGCGAGUUGAGAGAACUGACGAGUGGACACCAUCGCAAGACUUUGGAGAUCACAGAAAAUGCAGGGAGGUGUCUGGAAGAAGAGUAUCUGGUGGAUGAACCAACUUGUUCAACACCAAGGAUACGGGUAAUCGGUUUGCCUAGUGUGAAAUCCAUUGAGGAGCUGAGAACACCAGCAUUUGAAGAGCUACUGAUGUUAUUUUGGGAGGCAAAGUCAGAUUCCAAGCAAAUAAAUGGAGAUAUAAAGCAUUUUUCUGAGGCACACGAGUUUCAAUCGCAGGCUCCAAGGCUUCCCCUUACCACAAUAAAUUAAGAUUCAGGAGUUAAAAUAGUUAUAUUGGAUAUAGUUCUCUGUACAGAAUAGAUGCUAGUCUAUAAGUUUGUAAGCAUCUUAUCCAUUCCUUAUAUCAUUUGUUGAGGAAUUAUCUGAUACGUGAUAUAGGUAGAUUAUGUAUGAUUCAAAUUAUUGUUUAUUUUUGGUAUACCAAGACAGAUUAAGUUUUUGGGAUUUUCCUUUUUCAGCUAAAACAGGCAGAGACCUGUAAACAAAUGUGUUCUGUGGUAUGUGUUUUGUUGAAGAAUUUGUGUCA